AUGUACUGUUUGAGACAUGUGAAUUACUACUUUAAUCCUAAGGAGGACGCUCUAUAUGAUAUCAGUUGUCUGCUAGAUGCAAAGGCAUCUGUUCUGUGUUGCUUCUGUUCCGAAGGGAGGAAGACUUGUGAUCCAGUGGGUUUUGCAUACUUUGUAUUAUGUAUGUACGAUUUGCUGACACCUGUCGAGCCUGUGACUGGCCUUUUAGGAAACGCUCGCGAUCUUGUUGAGAUUAUUGAAUGGGCUGUUGUUGUCUUGGAUGAAGAACAUUGGAAUGGUGAUGUAAAGCAGACCAUUCGUGAAGAGGUCUAUAUUCUUGUGAAGGUGUUUGAUAGUGUGGAAGGCGCUUAUACUUGUGAAUUCUUGUUGAAGGGUACUAAAACCGCGAAGCGUGUAAGUCCUCGUUAUAACCAAGGGGUGUGGUCUUCGUGGCCCUAUUGUUGA